GUUAUAGAAAAAAAUUUGGUGAAUGAUCGAGACGGUGAUAGGAGAACGGCGUUCUAGCGGCUUUGCAGUUGCAGGUGAAGAGAAAACCAUGUCACAUUUUCCCUUCCGAGGCUCGCCUUCCGCCCAGAGUACCACACCGACAGUUCCAUCCGCGCCCUCCUCACCCCCGACCGCGCCGGUCGCGAUGGCCGUCACGACGACGGUGCCCCCGAGCGCCCGGAGUUCCUCACCCUGCUCGGCUACCUCCGGUCCGCCGUCGUCGGCCGGGCCGGGCGGGGCGUCCGGCGGUGGUUCGAGCGGCGGAGGCCCCGGUGGCCGCUGCUGCGACACCGGCCGACCCAUCUUCACCGAUCCCAUCUCCGGCCAGACCGUGUGCUCCUGCCAGUACGAUCUCAUCAGCUACCAGCGGCUCGCGAGCGCCGGAAUCGCCGGCCCGGGCGGGGUCCCACUGUCGAUGUACAGUGCGCCCUACUCGCCGGAAACGAUGGCCGCCUACUUCCCGGCCAUCGGCGCCGAUCAGGCUCCGUUCUACGCAAACCCAGCGGCCGCAGGUAUUGACCUGAAGGAAAACCUGGCAGCAGGCGGCGCACCGUGGCCUUAUCCCUCCGUCUACCAUCCGUACGAUGCGGCCUUCGGCUAUCCGUUCAACUCAUACGGCAUGGACUUGAACGGGGCGCGGCGGAAAAAUGCCACCCGCGAAACGACCAGCACGCUGAAGGCGUGGCUGAACGAGCACAAGAAAAACCCGUACCCGACCAAAGGCGAGAAGAUCAUGCUGGCGAUCAUCACCAAGAUGACGCUGACGCAGGUGUCCACCUGGUUCGCGAACGCCCGGAGGCGGCUGAAAAAGGAGAACAAGAUGACGUGGGAGCCGCGGAACCGGGUGGAGGACGACGACGUCAACCUGGACGACGACGACGACGACAACAAGAGCUUAAAGGACGACAAGGAAAUCCUAGACUCCAAAGAUUCCGGUACGGGUUCAAGUGAAGAUGGCGACCGACCGUCGAGGUUGGACAUGCUGGAUCGUCCCGGUGGAAGCGAGUGGAACGGUUCGCGCAACGGAAGCGGUCCCAACUCGCCCGACAUCUACGAUCGGCCCGUGCCGGGCCACCACCAUCACCACCAUCACCCGCUGCUGCACCCCUCGAACUUCCCACCGCACCUGAGGCCCGCCAUCUCCACGCCGCCGGACGUAAGCCACCACACGAGCCCGAGCGGAAGCACGAACCCGAGCACGAAGCCGCGCAUCUGGUCGCUGGCGGACAUGGCCAGCAAGGAGAACACCAAGGACUCGGACUCGUCCUCGCCGACGGCCGGCUACCCGUCGCCCGGCAAGAUCCCGGUCGCGCCCCUGGCCGGCCGGGGUCUCAACCCGCUCCACCACCAUCCGUACAUGCGGCCCGACUUCUACCGGAACCUGUACGGCCAUCACCUGGCGCCCGGUUCGCCCGAGGUGUCGCUGCUCGAGUCCUACCAGCGGACGUUCGGCGCUACGAUCGGGGCCCACAACGGCCUUCCGGUCGGCAUCAAUCCGCUCAUAUCGAAGGCGUCCGGCAGCAGUGGGCCUCCGUACGGUCCGCUCAGUCUCACCACCGCCAACCACCACCUCCACCAGCAGCAGCAGCAGCACCAUCACCUGCAGCAUCCGCACACGGCACCCCCGCCCGGCGCCUCGCCCGCCUCCAGUACCUCCAGCAAUGGGCCGGAAAACCUGGCGCCCACCAGCGCCUCCCUCCCGUCCGUCACGGCGCCCAGCGAGGCCAAGCUGAUCAACGUGCUCGCGAACAGUUCCAAACCUUGACCGAUGGCGAUCAAGUAAGUACGCUAAGUCGGAGCGAUUUUUUCCCAAAGCAUAGAAACAGAAGAAACAAACACCCAACCUAUUUGGGUGGAAACGACAAAAACGGAAUAGAAAACUAUAAAAAAAAAACAAAACCCACACAACUUAACACAAUUGGACAAUAAAUGAAUGUGAUUGAGAGCUGCAAUCUAUUCGUCGAAACC